UCAGAUCAGCCGCAUGCAAGAGAGCGCUGCACAAGUCAACACGCUUGACGCUGCACAACAGCGAUAGCAGUGGGACCGUGAGCAUACAACAAGGGGAGCGUCGCAGCUCGCAGGCUCGCCUCGUGCAAUAACACACUACGGCACCUUUACGACAAACAAAGGCGCACAAAACACACGGACGUCGAGCUACGAAGAAGAAAGACAGAGGAAACAGAGGAGAAUCUGCAUCGUGUAGUGUGUAGUGCCAGAGCUCUCAACAGGGACAGCUGCAAGCCUGCAGUGGAGAUUCGAAAAUGUGGCAGCAUCUCGCGCGCGCAUGGAUCGUGUAGUUUUUUCGAGUGCAAGGACGAGGCGAGAGUGGCCGCAGCGUUUUCCGGCUGACAUGCAGCUAUCGAGCUCUCCAAGAGAGAACGACAAUCCAUUCGACACUCCCAAUAGGUAUAGACUCAGCUCCUCGGGAGAGAGAAAGAGGGAGUAGAGAGACCGAGCGUCCCGACGCGCGUGAGGCUGCACGCGGCUCAGAAGAAUCGGAAUAAUCCUGUUCGCAUGCAAUCAGCUGAUUUCGAUCAAUUCUCUGCACUCGAGUUCAACCGACGGAUGAAAACAGCAAAGGUGGAGCGAGAGAGAAGACAGCGUUCACCUACGACGAGCAGCGGAAUAUCAAAGGACAGGAGAUUCGCUGUACGUCCUAAUGUCGCAUGCAAGUGACACGUGCUGGACGACUGGUCUCAGUGAGGUUCCGAUGAAACUUCACUUUUUGCGUCUCUAGCGAGCGUGCGACGCCGUUCUCUGCAUUGUCUGCUCGCUUGCUCUCUCUCUCUUCUCCCCUCCCCCCUCUCUGUCUCUUGUCCCCUCCCUCCCCCUCUCUCUCUCUCUCUCUCGUGCUGUCUCUGUCUCUCCAUCUGCGCGUCGACUGCGUGUUUUUGUAUGCCCGCACGUACGAGGGCAAUCGUGUACAACGCACGACGAGGAGAACGGCUGAUUUUCGGAGCCACUUUUUGAAGACUGGAUUGGCCAGGAAUUCAGAUGCAGCUUGCAAAGUGACUGGUCACUCCCUAGGCCAGCCGAGAUGUCUUGGCUAGGAUGCUUGCCAUGGUCCGAAGGGAUAAAAAAGAGAGCAUGCAGGUACUUGCUGCAGCGGUACCUUGGCAUGUUUCUCGAGGAGAAACUGACACUGGAUCAGCUGACAGUUGAUCUGUACAAUGGCACUGGUCGAGUCACAGACGUCAGCUUGGAUGUACAGGCUCUCAACGAAUUGGGAGAACAGCAACAUCUGCCGUUAGAAUUUGUCGAUGGUUUCGUGGCAGAGAUGUCAGUUAGCAUUCCUUGGUCUGCUUUACUCAGUGAUUCAAGCUAUGUUGAAGUAAGGGGAUUAAGACUGACUGUACAGCCUAGACAAAGAUCAGAGACUGGAACUUCAAUGUUUGAAUCUAUGUGGAGCUCUAUGACUUCCAGCAUGCAGUUGGCACAAGAAUGUUUACAACAGGAUGCCAAUAAUGCUGGUAAUUCACAGCCAUUGGAAGGAGUGGAACUAUUUGCUCAAACAAUAGAUUCAAUUCUAUGUAGAGUUAAAAUAAGAUUUUUCGAUACUGUGAUACGUUUGGAACAUGUGCCACUGGAUUCAGCCACUGGAGUAGCAAUGGAGAUUCACAUUCAAAAUUUAGAGUACUCAGAUGAAGCUGGAUCAGACCCAUCACACACGUUAGAUCCUAAUCAAUCAGUCAAGGGAUAUGUAGUGUCCGCUUUUACCACUAAGCGUUUUUACUUAGAGGGUGUAACUAUUCACACAGAUGAAUUUCCAUCACGGGCAAGAACAUUUUCCAAAAGUGUCAUGACCAUGAGUAGGGGAUCUACACCUGAUUCAAAAAACUCAGACGGCCAAUUUUCAUCCGCGCAAAUAUCUCCGACACAGAACAUGCAAACCCCUCCAGAAAAAAGCAUUAUCAAUAAUCUAAACGAAUCCAAUCCAAUCAUUGUUGCAAAAUUAUCAGGUCGUCAAGAAAUCCGCUUGAAAGUAAAACAGGGUGAAAGUGUUGUGGGACCUAAAGUAGAAUUAUCAGUAACCCUAGGCUCUCUUACAUUAUUUUUGAGUCCGCGACAAGCGCACGUGUUACUCGAAUUGACACACGGUCUUGCAUCACCAGAUAUGGAAGACGUAAGCAAUGUUGCACCAAGACCUACUUGCACCGAAAAACCCAUGGCUAAUAGUGAUUUUAAGAAAGUAGAACGUGAGCUAUUAAACCAAAUUAAUCCCUCGCAGGGAUUGCGUACAAUGGACUUGCGCCACACUCAAGGCUGGUCAACGGCGUCGCUGGACGAUUCCGAUAAUGAAGACGAAUUUUUGCCUAUGCGCGCACCUGGCAUCACAUCGAUGAAUAAUUCGAUAACGAGCAAUAAUGCAAGUAUGGAUGGUAGCCUAUCCGCGAGUAGCGUAAGUUCCAAAAGCUCAGCGAUCAAUGCCCCAAGGCAGCACAAGUACAGGCAUAGCAUCGACGUCGAUGCCUCGGCCGAGACCUCGCAAUUUCACGUGCGUAUUGCAUCGGUUGCAAUGAUACUGCUGCACGAGGACAUACUGACCACAGGUAUCGAAGGUUAUGGAUUGACAAAGGCCAGCACUAAAAUCAUGAAAUCAACAGCUGAGGAAUUCUUCAAAAAGCUGGGAAUUUUCGCAACGAGUGGGUACGGGCACAAAGACUUUGAAACAAUUUCAAAGCUUUUCGCUGAUGCUUGUCAACAUAGUCAUUUAAGACUUUUGGCAGCUCCUUUAGUUGUUGAUGGAAGCGAAAAGACAACUGUCCAUAAUUCAUCAAUUUCAGGAAACCUAACUUUAGCUAGUUUAGAAGUUGUUGAAUGUCUGAUUGAUAACAGCAAUUCAAACAAUCAAGGAACAGCUAGCACUACGUUCAUAGAACUACUCAUAUUUCCAAAGGAAGACAACGCAAACGCAACUUUUUCGAAUAAAACUGAUUUCGAAAUGAAAUUCGAUUACACCGAAAGAGCUGUAAGGCACGGACAGAUGGUAAAGUACGCGCAUCCUCGUACGAAGUUUCAUAUAAUAUUAGCGCCUUGUCAAGGGGAGUUCGAUAUUACAAUAAUAGAUAGGAUAUCCACCCUAUUAAACCCGCAACCCAUAUGUGUAUCUAGUCCAGCUACUGCUGCAGCAAGAGAAAACAUUAAUCAACAAAAGUUGUUUUAUCAGGCUGUUGAAAGCCCAUCACUGCCAGAUGCCCGUGUAGAUAUUGAAGUUUCAUCCUCCAAGUGUGUUGUAGAUCUUAGGUUCCCUGUACCAGACCUGCGAUCUCUACAUGACAUGUUACGCAUGCCUUGGUGGAAACGCUCAGUGCGUCCAGAUUACGUAACGCUCCACUUGACCGAUGCCAAAGUGCACACCUCUUUCGAGAGUCGAGCUUCGCACCUAGCUCGGCACGAGGUGCAGUGUCGUCAUUUUCUGCUAACCUACACUGAAGCCGAUUCGGAUCUGCCGCUUAAAAUCGGCAAAGCUACAGCAGACGAAUGCCGAACUGAUGGCUCGCUACAGAAUGAGGGCGAAGGUUUCGAUUGGCCAAGAGUCGUCAUAACCGUAUUCCCGUAUAACUUAGGUGGACCGCUGGAAGAUAGCUCUGAGGGUGAACCUGAGUCGAGCCUAGACGAGACACUGGAAAAUACUCCGCGGCAUCAGCCAUCGCCUUUCAGCUCCAAGAGAGUCAUCCAUGAGUCUGAUACUCCACACUCUAGAUCUAAUCAAAAUCAGAGUGAGAACAAGGAAGGUACCGAACACAGAGAGGGCGAGGAACUAAUUAUCCCUGGCAACAGGCAGGAGAUGACCGAGUUUAUAGAAGAGGGCACGAGAAAUUCUAGAAUCCAAGUAGAGAUCGGGUUGCCCUGUGCUUCCAUCCAGAUACCUUCAAAGCAUCUAUAUGAGUUAAUAUACAAUCGAUUCAAUACUGAUCUGCUUCUAUGGGAACCGUCAGCGCCAAGACCUAAGUACAUGGCCCAUGCUGAACCAACUAUGGGCCUUGAUUUGGCGUCGACACUGUUACAGGAAUCUAUUUAUCCAAAAUUUAGUAUGUGCAAAAGCGGAAUUCAAUACGACUCAGAUUCUGAUUCCGACGAAGAAGGGAUUUUUUACUCAACAGCCGACAGAGGAGCAGGCAAACAAAGACAAAAUCGUUCGUUAAAAAAUGGCCAGAGCAAAGUAGCCCUGACUCUAACGAUAAAUCAAGGACUUUUAACAAUGUACACGCCGGUCAGAGACUCGAUGCGAAACGUCAUACCAGGUCAGCAGGGCGAGUUGAUUCUGCGACUGGAGGAUGCUGUAGUGUUUUCCGUGUCGAGCUACAAAGGCGAGGAGAAUCUGGGAUACGUCUGUUCGAUGGUAAAAGACAUUGCGCUUCACCAUUGUGGCCUAAUAACAAUGUCGUCGCAGACCCCUCCGUUGAGAUCCAUCAACAGCAUUAUACCAAAACAUUGUCAACGUACGAUAUACAGAAGUGAACCUGGUGCUAAUAUUUCGAUGAAUCUAACGGAGAAGGACAUGUUGUCGGUAGCGAUUAGGAUACAGGCUGCUCAUGAAACUCAUCGUAUAAAGACUAUUAGGGUAGCUGCUGGUAUAAGCCACGCAACUCUAAAGCACAAAGUAACAAGCUCUCAGACUUUGUGGUUCACGCAAUUGACUGAUUGCUUGGACGUCAUCGAUCACCCUGUGGCCGGUUAUAUUCCACCCGGAAUUUUGACUGAGUUGCACGUUCAUCUGUGGGACUGCGCUAUUGAUUACUGCCCCAUACACUUGCCGCUAAGAUCAAUGGUAACACUUGGAAGCUUUAGCGUGUCGAGUAAUAUUGCGGCUCAGACCAAUACUUCGACUUUGCGCUUCAUCGCCGAAGAUUUAGCGCUCUUCAUAUCCGACAAGAUUGGUAAGGUCGUAGACCUCAGGCAUGACUAUGUAUGCGUGAUGGACCUCGGACUAUUCGAAUUGUCGCUUCGAUUAAAUGAAAAGAUGUGUGGAGGAGCACCAAGAGUCGACCUGCGUGCAAGUAACAACGUGCUACACGUACGCACUUGCUCGGAUUCAGGCCGAGCCUUGAUGCAGCUGUUGACUUAUUUCGCGAGUGACGGGGACCUGACGUCGAAUAGUGGUAGUACCGAGAGCAUUACCGUGCCUAGUUCGGAAGAUGGCGAGAGUUUGCUGGGAGAUGAAAGUAUCAAUUUUUUAAGUAAGAGUCAAGUGGAGCGGGUCAAUAGCUUGAUGGAAGAAGCUAUGGAAGAUACUGUGAAAGGAACCUUAGAGAAUACAGAAAGACAAUAUCCAGAGAAAGAAAACCAAGUCGAAGUAUUUUUCUUCCCCGAUGAGUCUAAUGCAGCGAUGGCAAACGAAAAUCUCAAAAAUCCUGAGACAGCAGUAAACGCUGGGCCGACAGCUAGACCGAUCAGUCCGGCGAUCGAUCAUAAAAUUGACUUUGACGACGGGGAUGAAGACUUUUGCAUACUAGGCGAAGAAGCGGGAGUCGGCAUAAUGCCACGUCACGGGGUCCCGGAGGUGAGAUGGCUGUGUCAAGAGUCCCUGCGAAUAGUGGACAAUCAUUUCUCAAUACCUCUGGGUAAGACGGAUCUGCUCAAGGCUCCAAAAAAUUUUCCGCCAGCGAUACUUAGAUACACUUUAUGUGAAAUGGCACUGGUCUGGCACAUUUAUGGUGGCAAGGACUUUGGAGACACUCAGCCUGUGACAAAAAAGCAUAUCACUAUUAAUGAAAACUCAACUUAUUGUGGCAAUUACGCUCCAGAGAGAAGUCGUUCAGCAAUCGAAGGAAUCGGUUAUAGCAAGUCUUCGCCAAACAAAGUUCGCUUCGGUAGCGUGCCAAACUCCCCACGUGGUCGUGCCAAAGACAUGCCGACAGAGUGGCAGGAACUGAGCGGACCAGGCCGGCGUCACGACGUUUUGAUGGAAUUGCAGCUUAACAAGGUGCGCUUCCAGCAUGAGGUCUACCCGGAGAAUACUGCAGAAGCCUCACGACAGAUUCUGCUGGUGAGCGAAAUCGAGGUACGUGACCGUCUGGCCAGUUCGCACAUCAACAAGUUCCUCUACCAGUACAGCAGUGAGGCUAAGCCUAGGCAGACUCAUGCCAAUAUGUUUGCCAUGAAAGCCAUUCACAUCAGGCCCGAUCCCAAACUUGCCGCCCAGGAGUGCUGCUUGAAGCUGAGUGUACUGCCGCUGCGGCUGAAUAUAGAUCAAGACAGUUUACUGUUUUUGAUUACCUUCUUCACAGAAUUAAGCGGCACGGCAAAACAGACCACUGAGGGCGUAGCUAUGGCAAAUAAUGUACAGUCAACACCCGGGUCCAAACAGGGGACUCCGACCCAUCAUCCACCGGUAAUGAGCGUUAAUGAUGGAUCUGACGAGUCCAGUAAUGAGAAUGCGAUGAACUUAUCGCAGAAUGCAAACAUUGAUCAGAAUCUAAUGAUAUUACUAGAGGAUGAGCUGACGAUUAAGGAGAAUAAAUCUAAUGCAAAGAUAAUCAGUGAAGUGCAAGACAGUAGUCAACCUGUGUAUUUCAGGAGUGUGAUAUUUGCGCCAGAAGUUUUGGUACGAUUAGAUUACCACGGCAAACGAGUUGAUCUAACCCAUGGACCUCUAGCCGGUCUGCUGAUGGGUUUAGCUCAGUUAAAUUGCUCCGAGUUAAGACUGAAAAGACUAACGCACCGUAAUGGAUUACUUGGUUCUGAUAAGCUUAUAUCGUAUCUAUUAGCAGAAUGGAUACAGGAUAUAAAAAAGAAUCAGCUUCCAAGUCUCUUGGGAGGAGUUGGUCCAAUGUAUUCUCUUGUACAGUUGUUCCAGGGAAUACGAGAUCUGUUCUGGCUACCGAUUGAACAAUAUCAGAAGGACGGCCGGAUAGUUCGCGGCCUGCAGCGCGGGGCCAACAGCUUUAGCACAUCAACAGCGAUGGCUGCCCUGGAGUUAACUUCGAGACUGGUUCACGCGUUACAGAGUACCGCGGAAACGGCCUACGAUAUGGUUAGUCCGGGUCCAAGUGUUAGGCGAAAUACCAGGGGUCAGAGGGGCCGAAGAAAACGUUACAGCCAGCCGCUGGACAUUAGAGAAGGAAUGGCCAAUGCCUACACACUUGUCAAAGAAGGUCUAGGCGAAACGGCAAAUCAGCUGGUACGAGUAGCAAGUGAGGAACAUGAGCAGAAAGGCGUGUCGGGUGCUGUGGGUGGCGUAUUGCGCCAAAUUCCGCCAACGGUCGUUAAACCGAUAAUACUUGCGACUGAAGCGACCAACAACGUCCUGGGUGGCAUGAGAUCUCAACUGGUGCCGGAUGCGCGGCGCGAAGCUGCUCAAAAGUGGAGGCAGGACUCAAACGAUAUAAAUUAAGAUAAUGCCAUACGUAUAAUGUAAAGAGAGAGAAAAAUAAUGAAUUAUAGGUUCGAAUGUUUUAAAAGUAUGACAGGGAUGAAAAAAAUUAACGAGGCAAUAAUAAAAGUAACUGCUAUCGCUCAAAUAAGUGUGGAAGAGAAGCUUAAAUUUGUUCUGCAUACGCGGCAGAAACUUUUACGCACUUCAUUGCAAAUAUAUAAAGAAAAUGUAAAGAUAGAAAUUUAUUUUUACAAACAAAAAACUUAUUUAGCUUAAGAAAAAAACGAUGGAGUGACAAUUGAAAGAUUCAAUAGAACUCACAAGGUCUAAUGAAUAAGAGAAUGAUUGAGUAGAGUGUUUAGCACCGUAUGAACGUCUCUGCUUUCGUUCGAUUUGUUAAACGUUACGUAAAAAAAUGUUUGUUAUAUUUAGAUUAUGAAUGAAUGUUAGAUCUUACAAUGAGUGAUAUACAUAUAUGCGUAUGUAUAUAGACACGUUUAUAUGCAUACAAAUCGAUGGGCAAGAUAACAUCCGCUUGUACCUAUUUCAUUCUCACAACCUGUAAGUUUUAUACCAGUUAUACGAAAUAAUGUAAUUAAAUGACUCUUUUCAUAAUAAAAAUUUACAGCAUACGCUGUUUUUGAGUUAAAA